AUUUUAAGAAGAAAAAAGUAAGAAUAGACUAUUAAUUUAAGUUUUAUUAUAGUUUAAUUCAAUAUUAAAAAUAUUAUAGCUUAAUUUAAAUUAGUUCGAUUUCAUAAACUAUUGGCGAUAUAUGUUUUCUUUAAGUUAGUCAUGCUUAAAGUCAAGUGUCGUGAUCAGGUUAUAAAAUGUAUGGUUUUACUUCAAAUCAUGGCAAUAACUAAAUGUGCAAACAUCGCAGCAGAAAUUGAAUACUUGCCAGAUGAAUUGAUGUUUGAGACUUUUUCCAUAACUCAGCCACUCUCUUUUAGAAUACCACUUGUAGAUGAUAUCAACUUGGUAAAUGUGAAGUUUUUUGCUUAUUUACAUGAAAAUCCCGAGCGAGCUUUAAUUGCAGAUAAAGUAAUAUUUGAUCAUAUGAAAAAAGUAGUAUUCUAUACUCAUGGAUUUAGAACAGCGCAUUUAGAUGAUUCAGUGGCAAUGAAAGAUGCUUUUUUUGAAGGAUCCGAUGAUUUUGAUUGUGUCGUCCUGGUCGACUGGAGAAAAGGAACUUUUGCUAAUAAUUCGUUAUUUUCUAUGGCACCUAAUUAUAUACACGCAGCAACUGUCAAUGUACCGGUAGUAGGAGAAUACUUGGCUGAAUUUAUAAACAGCCAUAUUCCUUCAUACGUUUAUGUGUAUUUAGCGGGGCACAGUCUUGGAGCUCAAAUAUCUGGAAUCGCAGGUAGAACUCUAACGCGUAAUAACCCAAACCGAGUAAUCGACAGAAUAUCAGCUUUAGAUCCGGCUGGUCCAAUAUUCGAGCAUGGGGCACAAUUUUUUGACAUAAGUACCAAGUAUACUUUGCGUAAGACUGACGCCAAAUUUGUUGAUGUUAUUCAUGCCAGUUCUGUGCUAGGCAUGGUCAAAGAAGCUGGUCAUGUUGACAUUUAUAUCGAUGAAGUCGACUGUUCCUUUUUUGACAUAGUUUGUGCACACAGCAAAGCCUUUGAUGUAUUCAAAGCAUCCAUCAACAAGUGUUCACAGAUAAUAUGUCCUUACAAUAAAUUUUCGGAUGACAACGAAUGUAACUAUGAGUCGCGCAAAGAACUCUCUAGUCUCGGUAUCUUAGCGCAUCUGUAUGAAGGUAGAGGUAAAUAUAUUGCUCGCUUCUACACGAAAAGAGAUUCAUUCAAACAAUCUACUGGUGUAUGUACUGCUUACAUGAAUGAAGAAUUAAUGGCCAAAGACAGAAUUUGCCGUACGCCUCCGUCAUUAGGUAGCAAAUGUUGGCUCAAACCCUAUGAAUCCGUUUGUGAAGAUGAAAAAAAAAUGUGUAAAAUAGUUAAAGAAAAAUUAGGAUUCAUAAGACUGCGGUCUAGAGUCACUUGGGUUCGAUAUGAUUAAUUACAUUAAUAUAAUUUAAUGAAUGUUGGGCUUCUUAAAAUAUGUGAUUGUUAAAAGUAAUAUUUUUCUGCUAUUUAUACAUUAUACUAGUGUUUUGUGUGAUU